AUGAUUUGGCUUGCAACUUUCAUCUGCUGCCUCGGGCUGAUUGGUGCCCAGGUACCAUUUAACCACUAUGUGAACAACCAGAGAGUCAUAGGAGGCAAUGAUGCUUUACCGAACACCUGGAAAUGGCAGGUUUCCCUGCAGCUCGAUUCGUACAAUGAAGGUUUGUUUAGUCACAUAUGUGGAGGAUCCAUCGUCGAUGCCUUUUACAUCAUGACGGCGGCUCAUUGUAUCCUCAGUCAGGAUGCCAGUCAGUACCGUGUGGUGGUGGGAGAAUACAACCUGUAUGAGUAUGACGGCAGUGAACAGUUCAUCACAGUCGAGAAGAUUCAUGUGCACCCCAAGUGGACAGGCAACCUCGCCAUUGGAAAUGACAUUGCUCUCCUGAGGCUGGCUCAGCCCGUUUAUGAUAACGGCUUCAUUGCUAUCGGCAACCUGCCCAGGCCAGGCGAAAUGCUGCCUCACGACUUCACCUGUUUCAUCACCGGCUGGGGGAUCAUGGAUUACGAAGCAUCGAGCAUCACCCCCGACAUUCUGCAGGAGUCCCCCAUCAGAGUGGUGGAGCACUCGGUCUGCUCCCAGCCGGAGUGGUGGGGCAGCAUCGCCCUGAGGAGCAUGUUGUGCGCCGGAGGGGACGGAGUCGUCUCAGGCUGUCAAGGCGACUCUGGGGGACCCCUAAACUGCUUCACCGACGACGAGUGGAGGAUCCACGGGGUGGUCAGUUACGGACCGUCCGGCAGGUGUAACCAAUUUUCCAAACCCACCGUCUUCACCCGGGUCUCUUCCUUCCAGGACUGGCUUUAUUCUGUUAUAGAGGGUGCAUAG